AUGUCUCUCCAUCCAUCAACACGGACGUUCCUCUCACCCCUUCUAAAACGAAGCUCCAUUCAACCUCCUGUUCUCACCUCCAGGCAGCCAUUCUCCACCUCAUCCGUAUCACAAGCCAAAAAGGGCGAAGACAUAAACGAAAUCAACACCUCCAAAACAGAAUAUACCCGCAGUGGCACCGACGAUCAGGCCGCGAGGCAGAAGGAAGCCGCGUUCAGCCCGGACACUACAAGUCCCGGAGAGGAGAGGGAGCUCGCCGGCAAGGGCACUGGACAGCAUGGGAACCCGCUUGAUGUUAGCCCUGCAAACCGAGAUGUUAGCAAAACCAGAGUCCCAGAUGAGGGGGGGCCCGAGAGAAGCCCUAGAGAAGGUAGUAAAGACAAGAAAUCCGGGUUUGGGAAGCCUGAGAAAAAGGGAAAGGCGGAUCAUGGAGCGUAG